AAGCGAUGCGAGGGACGCCAGCUCAAGCACGAACCCCUGCUUUGCCCUCUUGCUCCUCCUCCUCGUCCUCCCGGCUGCUGCGCUCGCCUCAGCCCCGGGAGAACUUUCCGUCCACUAUCUCUUACACCGCCCAAUCGCAUCGCAUCCCAUUCCUUGCGAGGUGUUUCAGGUCGCCACUCCGCCACUUCUCGUAACUCCAUGUGGUGCGAUCCUCGUCGAGCCCCCCUCUUAGCUCACAUAGAACCGUGGGAUCGUGCCUCCCUUUUGCACUCCUUGCUGAGAAUAUUUUGAUGCAGUGAGGGGGGUUGAGCGUGAGGUCUGAAGGGGAUUUGAGAGUGAAGCGCAGUUAGCUGGAUGGCUGCCAACGUUGAUGAGCAUGGGCACGCCCAUCCGAAGCCGGUAGAAGAAGAGGGUAGGGAUUUGGAGGCAGUGUACGUCGAUUGUGGAGACUUAGGGGUGGUGGAGCAGAAUGAUGUUGCGAGGAUGAAAUGUGCCGCCACGAGGUGCGGAUUAGAAAGCGUGGGGGGCAUGGAGCAGGACGAAGUGGAGAGGCGCGCCUCGUCGAAGAAGCUGAGUAGGGCAGUAAUGAUAUGCUUAUUUUUCAUGGUGGUUGAAAUAGUAGGAGGGUUGUAUGCGAACAGUCUUGCAAUUCUCACGGACGCAGCACACCUGCUCACCGACGUGGCAGGCUUUGCCCUCUCUCUAUUCGCGAUUUGGGCAUCGGGAUGGGAGGCUACUCCUCUGCAAACGUUCGGGUUUUCUCGAUUGGAGAUUCUAGGUGCACUUGGAUCCAUUCUAUUCAUUUGGUUGCUCACGGGAAUUCUAGUGUUUGAAGCAAUCAAGAGACUUCUUACUGAGGUCGCGCCGAUCGACGGUCGUCUCAUGUUCUGUAUUGCAAGUGUGGGUCUCCUUGUGAACCUUUGCAUGAUGGUGUUGCUGGGGCACGAACACGGCCACGCGCAUGGGCAUGGUCAUUCUCACGGGCACGGACACGGGCACGGGCACGAACAUUCACACGAAGAUGAUCAUGGUAAUGGUCACAGUCACGACCACGGCCAUGGCCAUAGCCACGAUGACGAGCAUGUACAUAGUCACGGAAGCGAGAGCCAGGGCACGCAUGACGGACAGCACGGGCAUUCAAGCCACAAGCAUAACACUUCCCGACACUACCAUGCUCAUGAUGAUCACGAGGAGAAACAACACGAUCACCAUCACAAAGGACACGAACAUAGUCACGGGUCUGAUUCCUUGGGAGAGCCGCUGCUGAAGAAAUCACAUAGUGUCUCGCUGUGUCGGGACCUUUCAAAGAAAAAGCCAGAGCGUAACAUCAACGUACAGGGGGCUUAUUUACACGUUCUUGGGGACCUUCUUCAAAGUGUGGGAGUGAUGAUCGGAGGCGCUGUUAUCUGGUACCAGCCACGUUGGAAAGUCAUCGACCCAGUUUGCACGCUAAUCUUCUCUGUUCUCGUCUUGUGCACGACACUCUCGAUGAUUCGCAGCAUUGUGGAAGUUCUGAUGGAGAGUACUCCGAGGGAGAUUGACGCGCAGGCUGUGGAGAGGGGCCUGUUGGGGCUUCCUGGAGUAGUUGAGGUUCAUGAUCUUCACAUCUGGGCAAUCACUGUGGGGAAAACUCUCCUUGCUUGCCACAUUCGAGUUCAACCGCAAGUGAACACGAAUGAAGCGUUGCAGGCAGUUGCGGAUUAUUGCGAGAGGGUAUUCAAAAUUAGCCACGUUACUAUCCAAGUUGAGACGGAUUCAUGAAUCAUGUGGCCAAAUGCAAGCGGUGGCCUUAACUCUUAAGGUAUUCGGUUAAUAGCCUUCAACCUUCUAAUUUAUGAUAUCUGAAUUAGUUUCUAGGUCGACGAUGCAUGAUUUGCAUUUGUAGCCUUUUUCCCGUCCGUGGUGACGUGCUUGAAGUUGCAGAAACAGCACGUUGUUUCGGCUUGUUACAAGCAAAAAAUGAGAUUGAAGUAGUGGUAAAGAAAGUCUACUUCAAAUAUAGACGGAUGGAGAUGGUGUAGAACAAUCAGCUUUUAUAGCUGAUUUCUGUGUUUUCGAACGAGCCUUGUAUUCGUCUGAGCUAUUGGUAAUGCUACCUCUGAAAUUUUUACUUGGUCCA